CUCUUGACGUUUCACCCCAUGCAAUGCCCUCAAUAACCCCCAUCCUGCGUGGCUUGCUGCGGCCCAACAGGCUCAGACUCUCACCCAAAUCAAACCACUCCCCGUCGCCAUCACCAUCACCAUCACCAACCUCAAACGCCACCCCGUCAACCCCCAAUGCGCCCCCCCCCAAAACCGGCCCACCCUGGCUAGGCCACCCCCUCCGGGUAGUUCUCAACACACUCAAAUUCGUGGCCUUAACUCACCUAAUCUGGGAGUACGUCAUCUCGAUGUCGCCGGCGUCGGGGCCCUCGAUGCUGCCCACCUUCGAAGUCGUGGGCGAAUGGCUGCUCGUGUCGCGGCUGCACCGCUUCGGCCGGGGCAUCGAGGUCGGUGACGUAGUGGCGUACAACAUACCCAUCAACGAGGAGAUGGGCGUCAAGCGGGUGCUGGGCAUGCCGGGGGACUAUGUGCUGAUGGAUACCCCUCCUGACGGGGAAGGGGAGGGAGGGGGAGGAGGAAAUAUGAUCCAGGUUCCACGAGGCCAUUGCUGGAUUGUCGGGGAUAAUCUGGCGGCGUCGAGAGACUCUAGGUUAUUUGGUCCUGUGCCGCUGGCCCUGAUCCGAGGCAAAGUCAUUGCCUCUGUGAGGUCUUUCUCGGAGUUUAGGUGGAUUACCAAUACCCUACGGAAAGUAGACAGUCCCAGUGAGCCUUGAAUCUCAUUCAUCAUCCGGCUGUGCAUCACCUUUCCGAACAAAACCCCUGGGAGCUUAUUGUGCGGUAUACCCGUAAUACUGGGAGGGCGAGAUAAGGCUCUUAUUAAUGAGUGAAUAUGUAUCAAAUUGCAUGUUCUGAUUACAACGAUGAUAGGUCAAACCAACCGCAUUGAUCCAGGUCUGGCGCGCUGGUAGCGGGUAAUAGCAGAAUCGCGAAAGCCCGCGAGGGUAUGAUGAUAGAGCCGGAUAGUCGGGCGGCAUCCGCAACACACCACUCUUCUGCUCCAUACUACGAAAGAAAUACAAAAGCCGGGGAGAAGAGAACAACAGCUUCU